AUGGCCCAGUCAAGGGCCCCAAGGAGAUUGAAACGGUCGCAGGAGGCCCAGGGGGAACGUCUGGGGGCCCAACAGAUGCGACCCACGUCGCCAACGGGAGAUAAGCGGGGCUCGUUGGGGGACAGCAAAACACCUCAACUUCGGGCUCUGAGCAGCAAGAGCACACCCAGGGGAAAAGCCCAGAGGGAGUCAGCAGUUCCGAGCGUCGCGAAAAAGGCUGUUCCAAGUCCUGAAGAGGGUCCGCAGACGCCGAGGAACAUUCAGCAGGCCACACAUGACAACAACUUCACUCCAGGGAGCUGCCUUCCAGAGGUGCCGUCUCUGUGUCCUCCAAGUGAGAGCAUACAGCAGCCGCUCUGCCCGUCGCCUUCUGUCCAGUGUUCCGCUUGGGAGGAGUCUCCCCACAGGGAACACCGACGGGGUACAGGCCUGACACCUGAUGAGAGCAUGGAGGCGAACCUUCAGAAGAAGGUCUUUGAACUGAUGCGGCAAAACUCCAUAAUGAGACGGGCGUUGUUGAAACAUAUAAGCAGUGAGGAACUUCUGUUUCUAUUGGCGUACAACACCACAAGAGUCACGAGCGAGGCAGACGAUGAGCUUCGAGACACCACACACACCUCCAACAGGUUUACAUCCGAAGACGCCCUUGCAGUGGAGCAGAAAAGCUGCGGAGGCUCUGCAGAGAACAGCACUCUAGCCAGAAACAUCGACCUGCCAUGCGUGCAAGACUUCUUUAAAGCCUUGAGGUACUGCUCUGGGCCCGCGCAUGAGGCGCCGCCUGUAUCAGAAGGGGCCCCUGUAGCCGCUGCAGAGGAUAGCGCCUUCCUCCACCCCCCGAUGAGUCGUGAAGAAGUCACGGCAACAAAUGACGCAGAUGGGUACUUCCCGAUUGCUGUGGACUUCGAUCCCUUCGGGCUGCAGAAGGACGAUGACUCGGACACGCAUACCACUCCAGUAGGAGCGGAAAGCCAUCGCUCGACCAUGUCUUCCUCCACAAUAUCGACAAAUCUGCAGCAGCGUUCAGUGGAAGGGGGUUUUCGAGCAACGGUGCCUGCUCCUCCUGUGGGGCUUUCCGCCCCCCAGGGAGCCGCACGUGGGUCCCUGGAGCCUGCACUGUCUCCCGUCAAGCCCCGCGCACCAAGGGGAUCUAUGUUCUACCCUUCUACCUAUCGCCUUGCUGCAUUACUGCCACAAACUCUCCCUAACCUCUGA